AUGUCUAGCUUAGUUAUUGUUACAGGUGCAACUGGGUUUCUUGCUCAAUAUGUCAUUAAAAAAUUCAUUGAUGAAGGUUAUAAAGUUAUUGGAACUGUUAGAUCACAAGAAAAGGGGUUGGACCUUGUUGAGAAAUUCUCAAAUUCAAAUUUUUCAGUUGAAGUGAUUGAAGAUUUAGCUAAUUUUGAUCAAGUUUAUAAAGUUGUUUCAAAAUAUUCAAAUAAUUUAAAAUACUUCAUUCAUACAGCUGCUGCAAUGAAUAUUUUCUCUAAAGAAUCUGAAAAAGAUCUUUUAAAACCAAAUAUUAAUGCCACUACAAACAUUUUGAAAGUCUUGAAUGGAAAUGCUCCAAAUUUGGAAAAAUUUGUUUACACUUCCUCAAUAUCUGCAUUCAAUACUAAUGUUAUGGGAUUUGAUCCAGUCAAUGAAGAAUCUUGGAGUAGUGUAACUUAUGAACAAGGUAAGUUAAAUGGGUUCUUUGGUUAUUCAGCUUCCAAAAAAUUCUCUGAAAGGGAAAUUUUCCAAUUUGUUCAAGAUCGAUCACCAAGUUUUAAAGUUGCUACAAUUGGUGCUUCUAUGAUAUUAGGUGCCCCAUUAUUUAAAGGUGAUGAUAUAAAUGGUGCUGCAAAAUUAUUAUUAAAAUCAUUGAAAGCUGAAUCUGAAGAUAAAGUUGAACCAUUGAAUUAUUUGACUAUAGCUGUGGAAGAUGUUGCAAAAGCUCAUUAUGUUGCAGCUACAAAUCCUGAGAUUUCAAAUCAAAGAUUGUUGAUUUCCAGUAAUAGAUUAACUCAGCAAGAUGUUUUAGAUGUUGGUAAUGAAUUCAAUGAAUUAAAGGGGAAAAUUCCAAAAGGUGUACCAAAAACUGAACCAGCUGAAUCAGAAACUAAUGUUGAUAAUAAGAAAAGUAUUCAACUAUUAGGCUUCAAGCCAGAAUUAACUACAACAAAUUUAAGAAAGAUUAUCAAAUAUGCUAUUGAUGAACAUAAAUAUCUAUAG